UUUUGAGGUCGUAUGUUAAACGAGAAAGAGAACAAAAGCCAGCUUACUCCUCCUCCGUGAAUGUAGUGGGUUUUUUUUCUUAUUACAUUAUCACACUGCCCGUUUUGUCAGCACUUCCUCCAUGUGAAACACGGGACCCGUGUGCUCAGCUGGAUUGGUCCAUCACCUCAUCGGUUAUCAUCAGUCCGUUACAGUCUCUCCGCUCCUCAAACAGCUAGCUAGCCGUCGGAGUGCAGACGCUGCUCACACCGCAGCCGAAAAGGAGAAGGAAGGAAGCCUCAUAACUGUUUCUUGAUGGCCCAAGAAACACGUUGAGGAACCAUUCUCCCUGCAGUUCCCAUCUGAUGGAGCAGUGGUUGUCAGUCUGUGUGGAAAGGCACCAUGUUUCCUUGUCACGUAACCCCCUGGCCCUCUGCUGAGCCACCGGCCUCCUGCGGCAGUCAUGCACCCCCAGCACAGCCCUCGCAACCCCUUCCUGACCUGUUGUGCAGCUGUCCCGCUCCGCCUUUGAACACCCACUCUGAGACGCCCUCACCAGACCCCAUGGAGUCCCUCAUUGUGGUCACAGAGUACGAACCCAGCAGACCGCCUGGAGAGGCUGAGGAGGAGGAGGAGGUAGAAGAAAUGGACAGUUCUGAGACGCCUGAGCCUAAUUCCUCUGUGGCGGCACCUUUCCCAACUCCAUCCUGCGACCUGCUGUCCCACACAGUUUGCCGGUCAGAGGCUCUGCUACCUGAAAGCCAAGAGCAAAGGGGAAGAUUAAACCUGUCAGACAGGAAACUAUCUCUGCAAGAGCGCUCGCAAAGUGCAACAUCACCCUGCAGCUCUCCGGGACUCAACGGGCGCUAUAUUUACCCAUCAUUACCCUACUCACCCAUCACAUCACCCCACUCCUCUCCACGCUUGCCCCGCCGACCCACUGUCGAGUCCCACAGUGUUUCCAUCAUAGACCUCCAGGACUGUGUUCAACUCAACCAGUAUAAGCUGAAAGAUGAGAUUGGAAAGGGCUCCUAUGGUGUUGUAAAGCUGGCGUACAAUGAGGAUGACAACACAUACUACGCGAUGAAGGUGUUGUCCAAAAAGAGGCUGAUGAGACAGGCAGGUUUCCCACGGAGACCUCCCCCUCGUGGAGCCAAAGCAGCUCCCGAGGGUCCCCCUCAUCCUAAAGGACCCCUGGAGCGGGUCUAUCAAGAGAUUGCCAUCCUGAAAAAGCUGGACCAUCCCAAUGUAGUAAAACUAGUGGAGGUUUUGGAUGACCCCAGCGAGGACCAUCUGUACAUGGUAUUUGAGCUGGUCAAGCAAGGGGCUGUGAUGGAGGUGCCGACAGAUAAACCUUUCAGUGAGGACCAGGCACGCUUUUACUUCCAGGAUCUGCUCAGGGGAAUCGAAUAUUUACAUUACCAGAGGAUCAUCCACAGAGACAUCAAACCCUCUAACCUAUUAGUGGGAGAAGAUGGACACAUCAAGAUAGCAGACUUUGGAGUCAGUAACCAGUUUGAGGGAGCUGACGCCCUCCUGACAAGUACAGUGGGAACACCUGCUUUCCUAGCCCCUGAAGCUCUCUCUGAGACCAGAAAGAACUUCUCUGGAAAGGCUUUGGAUGUUUGGGCCAUGGGAGUGACACUUUAUUGCUUCGUCUUUGGAGUGUGUCCAUUUAUGGAUGAGCGCAUCCUCAGUCUUCAUCAGAAAAUCAAGACACAACCUGUGGUGUUACCUGAACAUGCUGACAUAUCAGAUGAUCUCAAAGAUUUGUUGCUAAAAAUGCUGGACAAGAAUCCAGAAACCAGGAUAUCAGUCGCACAGAUUAAGGUGCACCCAUGGGUGACAAGGCAUGGUGCCGAGCCCCUCCCUCCAGAGGAUGACAACUGUUGUAUGCUGAUUGAGGUGACCGAGGAGGAGGUUGAGAAUUCAGUUAAACACAUCCCCAGCCUGGCUACGGUGAUCCUGGUGAGAACCAUGCUGAGGAAGCGUUCCUUUGGGAACCCCUUUGACUGGGGCCGUAAAGAGGACCGCAGCAGUCUGUGCCCUCCAGGGCAAACGCUCACGAAAGGCAGAGCAGGCAAAGUGAGAUACUGCUACAUACACUGUAACCAAAGAAGUUCAUCAUGAGCCCAGAGCAUCCAUUCAUCUUGAUGAGUUGUUGCUCAUCCUUGCAUGAAGCAUCCACACUCAUCCAGAGGACGUGCCUGUAAAUGAAUGUCUUUGUGUCUCCCCGUGAUGUAAAUGAUUGAUUUCUUUCUAAUAUAACUUUGUUCCCCUUUUCCUCAUUUCCCCCCUUUAUUUUGUUGAGUUUCCCCUUGUGUAUGAUAGAUUCUGGCCAGCAGCUUGCCAGAUUUCCGUAGUGCCUGCUGCCUCGCAUUGUGUAACAAUUAAAUGGCUGGUUUCAGUUCCUAAACUCAGCUAACAGUAUUUGUUUCUCUGCUCAGUGAUAUAGGAUUUACAGCAGGCCUCUUGCAUUGCUAUAACUAAUGCUGCGUCUGUGGUGUGUUACUUAGGAAACAGGAGAGUGGUGAUGGCAUGAGGGGUAUGGACCUGCCCUACGUGGGAGAAGAUGAGGCUCUUUCCUGAUGCAGAGGGUUUAUUAUGCAUGCUGGUAUCUGCCUGCUUGCAACCACACAGCACGACGCCCCUUUACUCACAGUUUUAUACUGGCAGCCUACACCUACGUACGUUUCCUGGGAGGUGGACUAGUGUGGCGUACGCAGAAAAAAGGGAGAAAUUAAGGGUCUAAGGCAAUUCGACAACCAUUCGCUAAGCUUUUAUUCCAUUUUCUCCACUUAUAAGGCUUGGCGUGGGACUUGUGACAGUCAUGUCAAAAGAGGAUCCUCCUGAAACUUGCCCACAGCUCUUAUCGCCCAACCCAGUCUCCUCUUCUUACCCUGCAUGCAUUUAUAGUCCUAGCAUGCUUUGUCUCAGGCUUCAACUGUACAGUUUUGUGUUUUCUUGUAGUUUAGACAGUUGUGUUUCUCCUUUGUCUUUACUUGAUGAUACUUUCAGGUAUACAGGGCGUGGCAACAGGAGAUGAUGAUGGUUUAUGGGGAGGGAUGGUUGUCUUCGCCACCACCUCGACACUCUCUUUAGUAGGGGAGGCCUCUUGAAGAUGAUUGUCUGGUUCGCUCCUCUUCAGAAUAGCAGUGCCCAGUUUUGUAAAAUAUUUCAGAGUGAAAAAUCUGUACAGUUUUCCCAAAAUGAAAAGGGGGAGUGAUAAAAUGUUUACUUCAUUGAAUGCAUGUGCUCACUUUCCCAAUGCAACACUGUAUAAGCUAUUACAUUGGCACGCUCAUACACUUGUUUGAUGCAAUUUUUCUUUUUCCAGUCUUACCACGGGCUCUUGACUGAGUCUCCUGUUUAUUACAGUCAGUAGAAAGCUUUAAAAACGGUUGAUGUAGUGCUUUUGUAAACAAUCAAAUUCAUCAUUACUGCACACAAGAAGGCGUAAAAAAACUGGGAUUUUAUUCUUUUGCAAAGCUUUUGCUUCUAGUAAAUCCUUUUUUUUAAGUGAGCUAUCAUAUGAUUUUUAGGUGUUUGGUAUAUAUUUUUUAAUUCAUAGAGCAGCAGCGAACUGAGUAAUGAAGGUACUGAUCUACCAAAUGCAAAUGAGAAAAACAGCAUGUGUAGGUGCAAAAUUACUUAAAAUAUUUAAGUAAUAUUUAUUAAAGAAGUUUUUGUUACGUUGAAACUUAAUCAGUUCUUUCCAGUUAAGACAAAUGAGGUUGUGUGUCGUGAUGCAGAGGAACAGCAGAGUUUCACACAUUUCAGAUGUGUCAUGUAUUUGUUUCACUUCUCACAGUGGAUGUUUGUAUGUGGAGUGAAAACAGAAAAUAAUGACUAUUGAACCUCAAGUUAAAAUUGUGAAUGUUCUUACUUGUUUUGUUUUGUAUUGUAGGAAUUAAUGAUGUUAUUUUAAAACCGCACAUUUUCAGCACACCAAAAAAAAACUUCAAUUAUGUAUAAUUUUGUAAAGUGCAGUCACUUAAACAAACAAACCUUUAAACUAUUUGUUCUUUUUGAACUACUAGAGCUGGCUAGUGCAGUAAGAUCUGAGAUGGAAGCAUAGUGCAGCUGCAGACUUUUUGUACAAAUCUAUGCAUAUCUGUAGAGGUAUUGAGCUGUUGUAAAAACUGUUGUCUGCUUUGGUUGGAGGAGUGGGCCAGUGCAAAUAUUUCUAAUGAAUUAGAAAGUCCUUUUUUAAAUUUAUAUGUGUGUUUCAUUUUAGAUAAUCCUAAAGCAGUAAAUGAGCAUUUUCCCUCUUUUUUUCCUUUGAUUUAGUCUUUGUUUUCUUAAUUUUCUCAGUGGCAUUAGAGUUACUAUAGACAGUCACUUGAUGUGUCUCCAGUUAACAUAGAAAAUUGACAUAAUAUUGAUUACAACAUUUAAUGCUUCCACACACUAAUAACUUCAGCACUUACGUGUUGAAUGUAUGACAAAGGGACUUUGGAUUUUUUUUUUUUUUACCUUAUGACUUGCAUGUCACUCUGAACUGUAUGUACAGUAUGUCUGUACAGUAUGUCUGUUUUUUAAGACUAGUACUAUGCAUAUGAUGUGUCUUUCUCCAUAUGGUGCAAUGGUAUGCUCUGUUAGAUUGUACAGUGUGCACACUUACUAGCUGAAUGAGGAGGGCUGUAUGAGCUUAACCGCUUUUCUUUUUGUUUUUUUCACCUUUUUCUCACUUGAGUGUAAUUAAGUCUCACACACUGAACUUUUGAAGUUUCCCUUUUUUUUUUGAAACCUCAAUGAUGAUAGCAAACAAUGCUUUAAGGCCAGAAAAUUAAUUGCAUUCAUUUAGUCUGAAAAUUCAUUGCAGAAAUUCCUCGGUUUGUCUUAUACUGUGAAAUGUUACCUCAUUUAAACAUGCUCUCCACAUAUAUAUGAAAGAUUAUACAUUCUGACAUACUAUAAGUUGCUAUAGACUAUUGUUAUUUAAGAUGAAGUUUUUACCUUGAGUAAAAAUAAGACAGGCACUUUGCCCUUUCUGUGAAUAUUUUGCCCUCCAUGACCAAAAGGAAUGAACUGAAGAACAUUUUGGGGUCUGAAUAGCAGGGUGACAGUGCAAGCCACAAAACAGCUGUAUGAUAAAUAAUUUUAUACAUAAGAUAUUUAAACUUGUAGUUUGUUUCAAUACAGGUUUUGCCCAUUCUUGUCAGAAUGGCCAGGCUACUGUAAGUGAUUAACCUUUAUUGUUCACAUGGUUUUUGAAUUCUAUAGUGUAAUAAAUUUUAUUAAGAACUUUGGGGGCUCUUUUCCCCUAAAUGCAUGCCAACAUACUGACCACAUACCAUUGUAUUGUCAUAGCAUGAGAGGUCCUUGACAACAACAUCGGACCUUUAAAUGAAUUACUCUAUACAUACUGUAUCUUGUUCAUCAUUUGAAUAAAAUAUUAAUAAUGUUAUAUAAUAUUAUUGCCUUUCUGUAAAGUGAAUGUUAUGUUUGUGUUUAGUUCCACAAACAGACCACUAGUGUGUGCUGUGUGCCGUAACAU